AUGAAAGGACUUCGCUGGCGUUACACUCGGCUGCCCAGCCAGGUGGAGAACACCCUGUCCGGAGAGGAGGGUGAGGAAGGGGAAGGGGAAGAGGAAGAGGAGAAGGAGGCAGCCCCAACUCCAGCCCCAGCUCCUGAAGAUCCCGUGGAGCCCCAGCUGGCAGAAGCCAGCCAGGUUCUGGGAGCCUCGGAGAUUAGGCAGCUCAGCCUCCACCUCCCCCCGAGAGUCACUGGAUAUUCUUGGAGUCUGGCCUUCUGCACGGCCAGGGACGGCUUCAGUCUGCAGAGCCUGUACAGGCAGAUGGAGGGCCACAGUGGGCCCGUGCUGCUGGUGCUGAAGGACCAGGAUGGGCAGAUGUUUGGGGCCUUCUCCUCCUCAGCUUUUCGACUCAGCAAAGGCUUCUACGGCACUGGCGAGACAUUCCUCUUCUCCUUCUCCCCGCAGCUGAAGGUCUUUAAGUGGACAGGAAGCAACUCUUUCUUUGUGAAAGGAGACUUGGAUUCACUGAUGAUGGGCAGUGGCAGUGGACACUUUGGGCUGUGGUUGGAUGGAGACUUGUAUCACGGAGGAAGCCACCCCUGUGCGACCUUCAACAAUGAGGUACUGGCCCGGCAGGAGCAGUUCUGCAUCAAGGAGCUGGAGGCCUGGGUUCUGAGCUGA